GGCUGACGAUUGUGAUCCAACAAUCAACGCCCGUUUACGAAGAGCCACAUAAUACAACGUAACGUCUUGGGAGGACUAGGUAACGUCUAGCUGUCAGUUGCAACACACUAGUACGCCAGGGAUCCAAACAGCCAUGAAGAUUCUAGAAGCCCAAUCCGCGACCCUUAGCAAUUUCGAGGUUUACACUCAUUUGAAGGACAUUCAGAAGAAACACCGCACAGGAGGAAGGAGGCCCGGAAAUCUUGACAAUGUUAUCAAAGAGUUAAUGCAAUACCUCGAGGAAGCACCAUCGCCUCUCGCACAAAAACCAUGUCCAUAUAAUGAAGAUACAAUUCGAAAUCUCCUUGAACAGCUUCGUCCCUAUGACUUGACCAAAGCCGAAAUCCUUAUGAUUAUCAACCAUCGGCCAACAUCAAUGGAGAAUUUGAAUAUCAUUAUUGAAGAAUUGGAGCUGAGAUUUCCAGACGAAAAUGAACAGUGGGGGAUUAUAGAUGUUGUCAAAGAUGUGCUAGGUGCACAGGACGCUGAAGAAAUGAAGCAGGCUAUGGCAGACAAUACCGAGGCUGCCAAAAAGGAUGAACAGAAAAGACAACAAGAUGAGGAGAUGCAGUACAAAGCGUUGAUGGACCAAUCGUGAGUGUAUAGGAAUGCUGGGUAACGCUCUUCGUGCAUGCCGAUUUAGGUCAAUUCUGAAUGCCGCCUGCACAUGAGACUAUAUGCAAAUUAGUCAAUGUAUGCAUUGUAUGAAUACGUUCAGGGGCUUAUUCGAACGACUCGCCCAUAACGAAGAUCUAGCUCCACUGUGUCGACGUAUAAGACGAUCUAGCUGUCCAAGAAGAGGAAACAUGGCAGAUCGAUACGCUUCCGACUACUUUCAGACUAUGGAGGCUGUCCAUCUUUGAUUUGAGAAAUGGCACAAACCGGCAGGCGUUCGUGGCGUAAGGGUGUUUAAAAUCCCUCAUGUCUGAUUUCAGAUCGGUCAUGCGACGCGCCAUUAAAUGUCAACAAUGACCGACAACAUAGCUGUGGGGAGAAACACAAAGGCCACUACAUCUUGAAUGAAAAUAAAUAAUCCA